AGGGAAUUUGAGGAGGCAGAAGGAAACUCAUGGAAAUUGGAUAUCAAAGGGUUGGGAAUCAAAGAAGAUCUAUAGAGUCAUUUUGGCUUCCAUUUUACAUUAACAAACCCUUUGCUAAAUACUUUCUUCUUUUCUUCAUUUUCCUCCUUGUAAUUGGUUCAUACUUGUGGACAACUCUACUCGACACAACCUCAAACGUAUGGCAAAGUAGGAGAGGGAAAUUUCCACUUAAUUGUUCAUCUGGUAACAACACAAGAACAUGUCCAGUAAAUUACUACCCAGCAGAUUACAAAUUCGUUAACGACAACCCUUCAUCGUCUUCUCCAAAAUGUCCACAUUACUUUCAUUGGAUACACGAAGAUUUAAAACCAUGGAGGAAAACAGGUAUAACUGAAGAAAUGGUGGAGAGGGCUAACAGGACAGCCAAUUUUAGACUUGUAAUAUUGAAUGGAAGGGCUUAUGUAGAAACAUAUGAAAAGGGGUUUCAAACUAGAGAUGUUUUUACAUUAUGGGGAAUUCUUCAGUUGUUAAGAAGGUACCCUGGAAAAAUUCCUGAUCUUGAUAUGAUGUUCGAUUGUGUCGAUUGGCCUGUUGUUAGAUCAAGUGAUUUUGCUGGGGAAAAUGCUGUUGCUCCUCCCCCUUUGUUUCGAUAUUGUGGGGAUAACGAAACGUUGGAUAUUGUUUUUCCUGAUUGGUCUUUUUGGGGAUGGGCUGAAAUCAAUAUAAAGCCAUGGCAAGACUUGUUGAAAGAUCUUGACAAAGGGAAUAAGAUGCAGAGAUGGAUGAAUAGGGAGCCAUAUGCUUACUGGAAAGGCAAUCCGGAAGUCGCUGAGAAGAGAAUGGAACUCGUUAAGUGCAAUGUGACUGAAAAUCAGGAAUCGAAUGCUCGCAUUUAUGUCCAGGAUUGGAAAGAAGAGAUAAAGCAAGGAUUCAAGCAUUCCGACUUAGGAAAUCAAUGUCACCAUAGAUACAAAAUAUACAUUGAAGGAUCUGCUUGGUCUGUUAGUGAGAAAUAUAUUCUUGCUUGUGACUCAGUUUCUUUGCUAGUAACACCUCACUACUAUGAUUUCUUCUCAAGAAGUUUGUUGCCACUAGUCCACUAUUGGCCCAUAAAUGAAGAUGACAAGUGUGGAUCCAUCAAAUUUGCAGUUGAUUGGGGCAAUAAGUACAAGAAAAAGGUACAAAGAAUUGGUAGAAAAGCAAGUGAUUUUAUUCAAGAGGAUUUGAGGAUGGAGUAUGUAUAUGAUUACAUGUUUCAUCUAUUAAAUGAAUAUGCUAAGCUGCUUAAAUACAAGCCAAGUGUGCCUAAAAAUGCAAGUGAACUCUGCUCAGAGAUAAUGGCAUGUCCAGCUGAAGGUACUGAAAAGAAGUUAAUGAUGGAAUCAAUGGUGAAUUGGCCAAUUGAUGAAAGUCCAUGCAAAAUGCCUAUACCUUUUAAUAAAUUGUCUCUUGAUUCAUAUCAUAAAAGAAAACAAAAUUCAAUAAAAGAGGUCCGUACAUUGGAGAGAGAUUACUUGAGGGAGCAAAGAGUGAAAACUAAGAUACUAGGUUAG